AUGAAGCUUUUCCUAAACUUCUUGUUGGUUAUUUGCCUGGCUUGUGGCGUGAUCGCUGGUGGCGAGGGUAAAACCGGUACAACCGACUUGAGCUACAAUUGCGGCGAUGGCCACUACGUGAUGUGCGAUGUCAAUGCUAAGGUGAACGGAGGAGAGCUUGGCUAUGAGAUGCUAUGCAACGAGACUCUUUCCACUUCUGAAGACGGUAUUGUUGGUUAUGACUGCGAGUGUGACAAAGUUACGCCUCAGGAGGGCCGCGGCGGCUACAACUGUGUCCAGUGUGAUGAAGUUACUCCCCAGGAAGGUCGCGGCGGCUACAACUGUGUCCAGUGCGCUGAAGCUACUAUCCAGGAAGGUCGCGGUGGCUACAACUGUGUCCAGUGUGAUGAAGUUACUCCCCAGGAGGGUUGCGGCGGCUACAACUGUGUCCAGUGUGCUGAAUCUACUAUCCAGGAAGGUCGCGGUGGCUACAACUGUGUCCAGUGUGAUGAAUUUACUCCCAAGGAAGGACGCGGUGGCUACAAUUGA